CCGGCGCGGUCCUUCGCCCGGGCUCGAGCAGCCAACCCCUAGGCGCGCCUUCCCCUCCGAGCUCUCCAUCCCUCCGCUGGUCCCGACUCCAUCCUGCCCUCCUGGCGCAGCGGUCAGCGUCCCCGCGGCUGCCUCCAUCCCGCCUCCGGCUCAGCCCUCGGCUCUGUGCAUCCUCCUGCCUCGGGUUCCCUGCGCUCGGCGCUCCCUCCCUCGGAGUCCGUUCGCUGACCUCCCGGUCCUCGCCUUCCCCCCACUCUCGCCGCUUUCCAGCCUGUCCGGGGAGCGCGGGCCCGUGGGAGGGGUGGGCCCGGGGCAGCCCUGGGGAUGGGGCCCAGUUCCCCCACCCCAAGGCUCCCGCCCCACCCCCAGCUCGUCUCCUGCGCACAACAGACUCCCUCCCUAGUGGUAGGUGCUCAAGGAAUCACAAGGUUCUUGGCUCUAAAUUAAGCUCCAACAAGAGCUUGGAGCUGUGGGCAGAGGAAGUGAGAAGGAAGGAAGCCAGAGAAGAGAGAGUAGACCCUGAGUAAAGGCUGAAAAUCUGGGUCACAGCUGAGGAAGAGCUCGGACAUGAAGUCCAAGAUGUGGCCUGCACUGCUGCUGUCCCACCUCCUCCCUCUCUGGCCACUGCUGUUGCUGCCCCUCCCACCACCUGCUCAAGGUUCCUCCUCCUCCCCUCGAACCCCACCAGCCCCAGCCCGGCCCCCCUGUGCCCAGGGAGGCCCCUCUGCCCCACGCCAUGUGUGCGUGUGGGAGCGGGCACCCCCACCAAGCCGAUCCCCUCGGGUCCCAAGAUCUCGUCGUCAAGUCCUGCCAGGCACUGCGCCCCCUGCCACCCCGUCAGGCUUUGAGGAGGGGCCACCCUCAUCGCAGUACCCCUGGGCUAUUGUAUGGGGCCCUACAGUGUCUCGAGAGGACGGGGGGGACCCUAACUCUGCCAACCCUGGAUUUCUGCCUCUGGACUAUGGUUUUGCAGCCCCCCAUGGGCUGGCUACCCCACACCCCAACUCAGACUCCAUGAGGGGUGAUGGAGAUGGGCUCAUCCUUGGAGAAGCACCUGCCACCCUGCGGCCGUUCCUUUUUGGGGGCCGUGGGGAAGGUGUGGACCCCCAGCUCUAUGUCACAAUUACCAUCUCCAUCAUUAUUGUUCUCGUGGCCACUGGCAUCAUCUUCAAGUUCUGUUGGGACCGAAGCCAGAAGCGACGCAGGCCCUCUGGGCAGCAAGGUGCCCUAAGGCAGGAGGAGAGCCAGCAGCCACUGACAGACCUGUCCCCAGCGGGGGUCACUGUGCUGGGGGCCUUCGGGGAUUCGCCUUCCCCUACCCCUGACCAUGAGGAGCCCCGAGGGGGACCCCGGCCUGGGAUGCCCCAGCCCAAGGGGGCUCCAGCCUUCCAGUUGAACCGGAUUCCCCUGGUGAAUCUGUGACGCCCCCCAAUGUUGGGGUGCCGCCAAGCAGGAGGCCAAGGGGCCAGCACAGCCCCCAUCCCACUGAGGGUGGGGCAGCUGUGGGAGCUGGGGCCACAGGCGCUCCUGGCUCCUGCCCUUGCACACCACCCUGGAACACUCACUGGCCCCAUAGGUGAUCUUACCUGCUCACCCUCCUUCAGGUGGGGGCCUCACAUAUUUGUGGCUUCUGGUCCCCCAUCCCCACCCUUGCACACUCACAUGAAAGCCUUGCACACUCACCUCCACCCUCCCGGGCCAUUGCACACACUUGUGCUCUUGUACAGCCAGUCUUCUGCACCCUCUCUCCACCCACACCCCCCCCAUCCCUCACCUUCUCUGUUUCACACUUUCACUUUCUCUUCUUCCCACAUUCCACACUCAGUUCAGUCACUCAGUGGUCAACGGGUGACUUUCCUGUUAUGUCUCACAUGCACUUUCUGGCCCCAUGUUGUGGUGUUGUAUGUUGUGCUCACACUCUCCCUCAUGCACACCCACUGACCCGGUUUCUGUGGCCCCUGCAUGCUGCCCUAGAGGUGGGUGGGAGGUGAGCUGGGGGCUUCUCAUGCCCCCACCUGUCAUGGUCCCAUCCCAAGCCAUGUUGUGUUUCAUCAUCUUCCCCAUCCCACUCCAAGGGCGUGCUCAUUACCCUGAGGGCUCCCCCAUGGGAAUGGGGGUAGUGAGGCCCCAAACUCCUCCCCCACUCCACUGCUAUAUUGUUGUCUGGGAGAUGGGUUUUUGGGGAGUCACCUGCUGCACUACAUGAGAAAGGGGCUCCCAUUUGCCCUUCCCUUCCUCCUAAGUCCCUCUCGUCUUGUUUGUCCUGGCUGUCUGUGUGUGGGUCACUCUCUGGAAUUCAGAGCCCCUGAGCCAGUCCUCCACUUUCCAGCUUCCCUAAGGGCCUCCCUAACUCCACCUAGGCUGCCAGGGACUGGGGCCAGCUGGUUCAAGGCCAUUGGGAGCUCUGCCUCCCAAUCUCUCCCUCCCCUUCCUGGGCUCCCUCACCCUCCUUCUCCCCUCCCUCCAUGGUUCUUCCACUCUCCUUCCUUUUGCCUGUCCCCCCCACCCCGCCCUCCCCUCACAUUUGUUCCUAAUUCUCACCAUUUUUCCACCUUCCUCCCUUUUUCCUCUCUUACCUGGCUCCUAUGCUGUGAUAUAUAUUUUUGUAUUAUCUCUUUCUUCUUGUGGUGAUAAUCUUGAAUUCUUGUGGGAUGUAAGUUUCAAAAUUUUCAAAUAAAGCCUUUGCAAGAUA